GGGCCGCCAGUGCUGAGGACGGGCGCUGCCGGAGCCGGGCGAGAGCGGGACGGCGCGGAGCCGGAUUCCCAAUCAAGUGACUGUCCAUUCUCUGUUGGAUGCAUGAAUCUGUACCAGUGAUGACUGAGAGAGGCAUUUCUCCUCGAUGACUGGGAGAGGGCUGGUCUGAUGAUUAUUUCCUUGAAGAAGUUCAGUGUCUCUCUUUGCAGCCCUCCUUGCACACUGCAAAGCCGUUCGUGACCCACAUUCAGGAUGUCUUUCAAGAAGGGUUGGGCUGGCAUAAUGUAAGUAACAUUCUGGUACUCAUGGGUGGAAGUGAGUGAAAGGCCUGAGGGAAAUCUAUCUUAGGAUGUUUUCUUCAGGUUUGUGAAGACUUCAUGUUACACUAAGUGAAUCCAAGGAAAAGUAUGGAAAGCCUGGAGAUUGCAUACUGUGCUAUAAUGUGUGCCAACACAUUGAGUUCUGGUACCUAACAUCUGACUUCAGCAUUCAAAGACUAAAUGUUGAGAGAAAACCUGAAUGGUCUGGAGAAAUAAAUGAAACCAAAGAUCUGUACUUUUCAAAAAGAAGUCUUGAUUCACAGUUCUGGCAGAAAUUGUGUUUACAGAAGGAAUCCAGAUGGUAUUGUUUUAUAUCUUAGGUACUCUACUAAUAAAGUGUCCCUUGUAAAUACCAAAAACAUGACAAUCAGCUAUUAGAGAGAAAGGGGAAAUACUGUUGAGGGCAGCUUUAGCCCAAGCAAAGGGGCAUUAACUACAUGCCCAGAUGUUUCUUUUCUGUCUCUCACCCUUCAGUAUUGAUUUAUGCAGCUUUGCAGAUGUGUUAGUUCAGAAAAAAAGACAAAGAAUGAUUCAGUCAUCUUCAAGAUGAAAAUGAAACCCACCUAAGUUCUCGUCACUUAGUAGUACUGCUUGCAUUGUUGUACACCAGAUUGAUAUCUGGAUGAUUAUGUUAACAUUUUGCUUUAACAAUGAUGUCAUUGAUGUGAUGUGAUGGAAGAUCCUGUUUUGGAGAGUACCUCAUCUACUGUGUCAGCUGAAGUUUUCAACAAGUUAAUAUUUCUUCCAUGUUGGACUGAAGUAUGAAAAGUUCUAUUUCAUCAAAAAAAGUGAGCAUCUUUCUUCAUUGUCCUAGAAAGAUUACACUGGAAGGUGAAACCAGAGCAGAGGAUGACUCAGUAUAACCAUUCAGCAGAGUUCUCUCUCCAGAGCUCAGCAAAUAAGUCAUUAAAUUUCACUGAAACACCACUGGCUUGGGAUGAAAGGACACUCUUAGGGCUGAAGAUUUCACUGUCAAUCCUUCUGUCUGUUAUAACUUUGGCAACAAUCCUUGCAAAUGUUUUUGUUAUUAUUACAAUUUUUCUGACUAGAAAGCUCCACACACCUGCAAAUUACCUCAUUGGCUCCUUGGCAGUGACUGAUCUUUUAGUGUCUGUCCUUGUAAUGCCCAUCAGUAUUGCUUACACUGUCACCCAUACAUGGGCCUUUGGCCAAGUGCUGUGUGAUAUCUGGUUGUCAUCAGACAUCACAUGCUGCACAGCCUCCAUCCUGCACCUCUGUGUUAUUGCCCUGGACAGAUACUGGGCUAUCACAGAUGCUUUGGAAUACACCAAACGCCGGACUGCUGGCCGAGCAGCCCUCAUGAUUGCAGUGGUCUGGAUGAUAUCUAUUAGUAUUUCUGUGCCACCAUUUUUCUGGAGGCAAGUGAAAGCUCAUGAAGAAAUUGCAAAGUGUACUGUGAACACAGAUCAAAUUACCUACACAAUCUAUUCCACUUGUGGAGCUUUCUACAUCCCAACUGUGCUCCUCCUGAUAUUAUAUGGUAGAAUUUAUGUAGCAGCUCGAUCCAGAAUUCUGAAGCCACCCUCAUUAUGUGGGAAACGUUUUACUACUGCACAGCUGAUCACCGGCUCUGCGGGGUCUUCUCUCUGCUCCAUUAAUGCUAGCCUCCAUGAAGGGCAUUCCCUUUCAGGUGGAUCCCCAAUAUUUAUCAAUCAUGUUAAAAUAAAAGUUGCAGAUAGUGUCUUGGAAAGGAAAAGAAUUUCUGCUGCAAGAGAAAGGAAAGCCACCAAAACUUUAGGCAUUAUUUUGGGAGCUUUCAUUUUCUGCUGGCUGCCUUUUUUUGUCAUGUCCCUAGUCCUACCCAUUUGCCAAGAUGCCUGUUGGUUUCAUCCCAUCCUACUGGACUUUUUUACCUGGCUGGGUUACCUAAAUUCAUUGAUCAAUCCAGUCAUUUAUACAGCUUUUAAUGAAGAAUUUAAACAGGGUUUCCAAAAACUAAUACUUUUCAAAAAGCGUUCAUCUUGAGACUCCCCUCUUGUGUUACUGACCCUUGUGCAAUCUCAUAGCCUACCUGAAACUUUCCAUGCUUUUAUUCCUAAGGAACAGAGUGGUAAUUGCCAGCUCUGCUGCAACCUUGUUCUGUGCAUGUAACUGGGGACUUCUCGCCAAUUUGAUACCUUCUGUCUGGAAUUCUGCAUUCCAUAACAGAACUUGUCUGUGGUCUCUGCAGUGAUCGCGUGUGUAUAUAAGAUCAACAACACAUGAAAUAAGCUUUGUAACGAGGGAAGGUGUGCAAACCAGGGAGCUGGGCUUGUGUGAGGAGGUGACACAUUAUCCAAUUCUACCAUGCUUUGUAACCUGGUGGGAGGAAAUUGUGUUUGCAGGAUGUCAGUAUUUCUGCUGUAUAUUAUUAAUCAUUUAUGUAGGCUGAGAAAGUUUCUGGAGAGCAGGAUCUGAUAUCUACAUUUUCUAUAGCCUGUAUCAUAUCCACGUGAAGCUGAUAAGACCUGUAACUUUUUCAGAAGUUGUGUGACACAGCCUGGCUAUAAUGAGCAGCAGGGCAGAGAGGCAUGACAGUUAUAUGAAUAUUUCACAACUGUUGCAUUUGAAGCUAUGUUUUUUGUGAACUGAAGAAAGAAGACAAUUUAUUGGAAGCAAUUUUUACACAUUUUAUCAUGAAUAGAAUAGCCAGUGCAGAAAUACUACAAAAUAAAUAGCAUGAAAAUUA